AUGGAUUUCACGAACAUUUUCCGUAUUGUCAACAUCGCCGUGGGCCUGUUCAUGGUGCUCGGUGGCAUCAGUAACUUCUUCACUGGCACCUGGAGUACCUUCGUCCUGGGCGCAUAUGUGAUCGUCUUCGGUCUCGUCGUCGCCGGAUUGGAGUUCCUCCCUCACGUCCCGGACUACGCAUACCGUUAUGCAUCCUUCCUUUUCUCCUUCCUCGGCCGUGGAGUCUUCUACAUCUUUAUCGGUUCCAUUCUGCUGCACGACCACGUGCUGCGCAUCAUCGAUGGUUCGCUUGUCGCCUUCAUCGGUCUCGGAUACGUUGCUCUCGAGUUCAUUCCCUCUAUUGAGCCACCUUCAAACAUGCGCGAAUCCGACCAGGGUUGGGGUGCCGAGCAGGUCUAA